AAGUCCACGUGAUCAAACAGAGCACGAACAAGAUGGCGACGAUGCUAGCGAUCCCGCUCAAGAAAACGUACGAAGUGGACUUAAUAAAACCACUCAGAAAUUUCAUACAAAGCACGUUCACACAGGCAGAUCCAGAGUACUACAAUCAUGCUUUACAGGAGUUCAAUAAACUUCGAAAUCUGAUGAUCACGAAGUCUGUUGAUAAGCAUGAAUCAGCAUUGGAGGUACUAUGCCGAUAUCAUGAUCAGCUUGUGGCCAUUGAAAACAAGCUCCCCAUUGCAGAAAAUCAGAUUCGAGUUCAGUUUAAAUGGCGUGAUGCAUUUGAUGAAGGCUCAUUCCUGGGUGGAAAAAGAACAUUGGCAAUUGCCUCAGGUGCCUAUGAAAAAGUGUGCAUGCUAUUCAACAUUGCUGCUCUUCAGAGCCAAAUUGCUAGUGUGCAGAACUUCGAGAAUGAUGAAGGGCUGAAACUGGCUGUCAAAUACUUUCAACAAUCUUCUGGCAUUCUGGGCCAUCUAAAAGACAUCGUACUGUCACAUUUACAACAGGAGCCUACUCCAGACUUGAACCCAGAUACCUUGAGUUCUCUUUCAGCAGUAAUGCUAGCCCAGGCUCAAGAGUCCAUUUAUAGGAAAGCCACCCUGGAUCGUAUGAAGGAGUCAAUGAUUGCAAAACUAGCAUACCAGUGCUCUGAGCUGUAUGCUGAUGCCAUGAAACUUAUGCAACUUACAUCUAUCCGUGAUCUUUGGCCUAGGGACUGGUUGGCCACUGUUGUUAUGAAACAGGCAGCAUUCCAUGCCAUGGCAGAGUUCUACCAGAGUGUGGUAGCUCAACAGUCAAAGAGCUAUGGCCAGGAAAUAGCCCGGUUACAGCAUGCUGUGGAGCUGAUGAAUGCUUCUCAGCAGCGAGGUGGAGCAACCUUUGCCUUUCGUAAUGAACUGGGCAAGAUACAGCGUGCUCUGGAGGCAGCAAAGAAAGACAACGACUUUAUUUACCAUGACAAGAUUCCUGAUUUGAAGUCACUGGAACCAAUUGGUAAGGCUGUGGUUGCCAAGCCUACACCCCUAGCAUCACCACUGUCACCUAAAUUCACAGAUCUGUUUGAGAAGAUUGUACCUCUGCCUGUGUUUGAAGCACUUACGGCAUUUGAGAACCGUAAGUCUCAACUUGCUAACAUGGAGAUUGGCAGGCUUCGAGAAGCCACAGCACUUAUCAACAGUGUUCUGGCAUCCUUGAAUCUGCCAGCAGCUCUUGAGGACUUAUCAGGGGCAAAAGUUCCUCAGUCUGUCCUAGAUAAAGCCAAACAAAUGCAGGAUUUGGGAGGGGUUGCACUUAUUGAGUCUCUUAUCACAGCAUUGCCUGAUCUUCUCACCCGCAACAGGGAGAUUCUUGAUGAGAGUAUCAGAACAUUGGAUGAUGAAGAGAAGUCUGACACACAGCUGCGCGAACAGUUCAAAGAGAGGUGGACUCGAACUCCAUCAGCUGUGUUGACCAAACCUAUGAGAGAUGAGGCCAGCAAAUAUCGCACCAUCCUUGACACCGCCAUUCAAGCAGAUAGAAUUGUACGUGAGAAGUACAACAGCCACAAGCAGGCUAUAACACUUCUGUCCAAGCCUCCAGGAGAGCUGGAGAAGUCACUGCCAGCUGCUGGCAAUGUUGGGGCCCUGCAAGGCAGCGCUGUGGUAAAGGAACUUCGUAAACUGUGUGAAGAAGUGGAGACAAUCAAAGCUGAACGAGAGGUCAUUGAAAAUGAGAUCAAAGAAGCCAAGUUUGAUAUGACAAGUAAAUUUUUUGCUGCUUUGGCGGCUGAUGGUGCCAUUGAUGAAGAAGCUCUGUCAGUGAGUGAGCUGGACCGAGUUUAUGCCCCUUUGCGUCAACAGGUGUCUGACAGCAUUCAUAAGCAGGAAACAAUCCUGGCUCGUAUACAGAAUGCCAACACAGAGUUCUGCCAGGCCAAAUCAUCCAAUCAGAGUGCAGCACAGAGAGAGGCGCUGCUGAAAGAUCUAGCAGCAGGUUUUGACAACUACAUGGAGCUGAAAAAUAAUCUGGAAGAGGGAACGAAGUUCUACAAUGAUCUCACACCUCUUCUUGUCCGAUUGCAAACCAAAAUCAAUGACUUCUGUUUUGCUCGCAAAACUGAAAAAGAUGAGUUGAUGGCAGACUUGCAGAAACAGAUAGUCAACACCCCAUCACAACCACCACCCACCCAGCCGCGCUACCAAGGUGGCCCUGGAGCUGGAACAGAUGUUGGAGCAGGUGAUGAAAACAAAAGGACACCCCCUCCCCGACCUCCCCGACCAGCUGUGCCAUCUGUCACAGCUCCCACAACACCUGCUGGUUUGAGUCCAUCGGGCAGGGCACCCCCUGCAUCAGCACCACCUCCACCACCCCAGCCGUCUGUGCCGACCACUUCUACUGGACAGAUGCCCUCUGCUGCUCCCCCAUAUCCUCCCCAGCCUGGACAGGGUGCAGCGCCUAGCGCACCAGGUGCUUAUGGUGGCAGCUGGAAUGCCCCAUAUCCUGGCUAUCCUGCUGGAGGCUACCCCAUGCCAGCCAUGCCUUCUGGGUUCAACCCCUACAACCCAUACAUGCAGUAUCCCCAUCAGGGAUACCCCAAUCAAGGUGCUCCUGGGUACCCACAACAGGCCACUCCACCAUACCCAAUGGGCCAGCCUGGUGGCUAUCCAAGUCAGCAGCCCGGUGUUCCACCUUAUCCACAGCAAGGCUACCCCUACCCAGCUUACCCCCAGCAGCAACCCUACCGAUAAAAGACUUUCCCCUCACCCCCACCCUGCUCUGCAGCAUGCAGUUCUUGGUCUUAAUCAGAUGUACAGAUUUUCUUUUCUCUGCAGUGUCUGUCUAAUUAGUCUUAUGCAAAGUCAUGCUGCAACGGCACCUGUGAUGGUCUUUAGACUCUCAGGUAUCAGGUGUGUGCUAAUGGAAAAAGACAUGAAAUUUCUUUGUAUCCCUAAAAUUCCUUAAAGAAAGUUUGCUUUUUUUUUUCUUUUCUUUUUCAUUUUUUUUACACUUUCCAUCCCAAUCCUACUUUCCAAUGUUAUCACAAACAGUGCAGUUAGUUAAGAAUGGUGUAGACUAUCUGUAUUGAUCUUGUUUUGUUGACAACUUUUAAUCCUUGAGCAUUUCUGGAUAAAUAUUAAUAUUGUAGCUGUUGGCUUCAUUUUAUAUUUGAUAGCCAUAAUGUGCAGCACAUGCUGUGAGCUGAUCAGGAUGACGAAUGCUGAAGUAUGGUUGAUGUACUGCAUCCUUUCUGCAAAUUGUCUAGAAAAUGUGACAGUUUGAUUCAUUGCGUAUAUGUGCUGCAUUGCCAGCCACUCGACCAGUGCCUGCAUGUGACUUUAAAACACAAGUGCAACUGUUGCAUGCCUGGAACAAGUGGAAAAAAUUCCUGCUGAAAGUUAACAUUGUACAUGUUUGUAAUAGUUUCUGAGUGAACACUUUGAUAAUUUAACCAAAUAUCACUUGAUAAGGGACUUUUGAGGAAUAGUUCUGUAUAGCUUGCAAGCCCAAAUUUGUUUUAUAUUAAAAAGCUUUUGUUUUUGUUUUGUUUUUGUUUUUUCUAGGAGGGAUAAAAUUUCGGGAGAUGGUGUAAUGAUGAAAACAAAAACCCAAACAUUUUCAGAGUGUAAUAUUCUGUUAUCAAAAUAGUUAUAAUGCAAGUUCUCAUGUAAACAACCUUGGAGAGAAAGAAGCAUAAAAGAUGUGAAUAAAGAUGGAUCAUUGUCUACUGAUAUCACAAAAUCAAGGCGCAUCUAUUUUGUGUCAAUGACUAAAGUCAUAUUUUAUACAGUCAAGACAUGUUGGUCUAGAAACUGUUGCAUGCUGGGUCCACAGAAAAUGGUCACUGAUUGUGACUCUAUUUGGCUUUCUUUGUUUUCGCUGUAAUAUUAAUUAACAUGUAUUAUUACAGUGUAUCGUCAGAAAGCCAAGUUUAGGGAUACUUGUUUCACUAGACUUCAGUACUGACUAGCCUCCUACCCCUCCCCUUUUUCCUAAUUGCAUGAUCUGUAGACGAACCUUGUUUUUGUUUUCGUUGGUUUUUUUUUUUUAAGGGAAAUGCAAUGGUGGCUGAUACAUUGUGUCAAACCCUGACACAAAAUAAUUACUGUGUGUAGCAUCAAUAUCUGCCUCUAAUUAUCAGUCCUCUCUGUGCUGUCUGACACGUGAGGCGACAGCAUGCAUGUAUUUAAAUGUUUUACGUUGUGAUAGAUUUGUGUGUAUGAUACAUGUUUUCAACUCUCUCAGUGAAAUUUGUUCAGUUUAUUUAAAAAUAAAUUUUUGUCUAAUUUAUUUCCUUUUUUUAAAAAAAAAAAAAUCAGCACUAGUCCUACCUAAUUCAUUCGUUGAUUCACUUUUUCCAAGCUUUAUUACUUCCCAAUUUCUUCUUGUCUGCAUGUUUGUAGAGGAGAAGAUGAUCAUUUCAAAAUAUUGAUAAUUUUCAAUUGUGUCGGGGUGGAUUGAAGUCUAUGGUGAUUGAUGCCAAAGUAAGAUUACUUAGGGUGUAAAGCAUCCAUUGAUGUACCUGAUUAGGUUUUAAAGUAUUGCUGCCAAUAGUGGUGUAUUAGAUAUGCCUUGGCAUUCCUUAGAAGAAGUGACAAAUGAAUGAACAUAUAUCAAGACUAAUAGGACCAAUAAGGAAAGCUAUCUAUUGUAAUCUUUGAAGCUUUUUAAUCUUAAAAGACCUUGCUACAAAUAAAAAUUUUCCUGAUAGAAAACUGAAGACAGGAGUGGACCGGCUGCCAUAGUUUUUAGAUUCUAAUCCAAAGCACUGAUUCAAACCUAAGACAAGGUUUUAUCCCUCUCCCCCAGUAAUUAUCUAGGUUUACUCUGUUAUUAUGUUAUAAGCAUUACUUAUUUUAAUAGAUGCUUUUUGCAGUAUUGCACGCUUUUAUUUGUAUUGAGCAAUUUAGCCAUAUGUGUAGUCAACAAAGGAUGUCAUUUCUGCUAAGUGUUCUAGCGGGUAACACAUGAACUAGUGAAUGGCUAAUAAAGAUUUUUGAAUUGUGCCUAUGGGUUUUUCAUCUGGCCACUCUUUUAAACAUCUUACUGUGUUUGCCCUAGAAAUCCUUUUCUGCACAGGUAGUGAUGUUUUUGUGUCUGGUGUUUUGAUCCAUGAAGUUGACAGUACUUUGUUGGUUGAAAGUAGGUUUGAUACAAAUACAGUAUGAAGUGUACCAUAUUCCAGCAACUCAUGCAUUGAUUUCAGGUGAAAUUUUAUCUGACAUGUCCAUCACCUUUGCUAUUUUAAAUUUGAAUGAUGUCUGCAAACAGACUUGGCAGACAGUUUAUGUGAGUAUGCACAUCUGUGUGAUUGAACCAUUCACAGUACACUUUGUUGUAUGGCAAGACUCUCAGUGCCUGUUAAUCAGAUCAAGCAGCAUACUUUUUGUUCCUACACAACAGACAUUUUUUUUUUUUGUUACUUGCUGUGCACAGCUCUUUAAAAUGAAGGAACAUUUUCUGACACAAGAACAUGUGCACACAUCCAAGUUAGUGACAUUUGAAUGUUAUUUAAUCUCUUAUUUCCUUGAAUUUGUAGUUAAAAGACUAGGCUCACAGUUCUGACUCUUUUUAGUGAAGGAUUCGUGGAUAAUAUUUGAUCUUUUGGGAAAUUGCCAUUAUCAUUACUUGGUGAAGAAGUUUUGUGCAAGAUUACAGUAGUUGUCCUCUGCAGAAAGAAAUUUUUCAUGAAAGUCUACUUUGGUACAAUUGAGUCACUGGGGGGGGAGAGGAAAGUGGAAAUUUGCUCUGUAGUGGUUCUGGUAAAUUGGGCCUGCACGUGAAAAUUAGAAAAGCUUCCCCAUAAAACUGUUGCUGUUAUGGGAAAUUCUUUUUACCAAGAGAACAUUUUUAGAUUGCUCUAAUGCCCUGUUAUGUUCUGGCAAUCAGCAUCACAUUUCAUUUUAAUUAAACAGUAGUAAUCAAGACAAAUCUGUGUGAAGACCAACCCACUGAAGUAUUAUUUCUUAUGUGUGAUCCUGUAUUUUUUUUGCUAAAAAAUUAAAAUAUUAAUGGUCUCCCCCAUCAAAAAAAAAAAGACGUUUCAGUUCAAUAGUGAGGAACAUGUUUGGUUUUAUUUUACAAUGAGUUAAAUCAUUUUUAAACCAAAGAGGGUGUAAAGUUUUGGCUGGUUCUGACACAGUAAGGAGAGUGUUGUUAAGUCACACCAGCUCUCACAUUUUCAUAUGUAUAUGGGUAACAGCAAUAUAAAGCACAUCAUUAUGUAAUUAUCUGAUUAAUUAGGAAAUUGAAAUAAAUGUUUCUUUCCUUACUGCAA